GGUCGGUUAAAGAGUUCGCGGAGCACAGGCGUAAAUCAUGUAUGCAUAUCAGUUUCCACCGAGUUUACGGGAUAUCCGUAAGGUAAACAGGUUCAACGGAUGCGCAGUAUGCCCCUCAGAGCACCCGGCAGCGAAAUGUCAGACCGGCGAUGCGGCCGUUCUGGAAUGCCCCGUUCGUGCUGGGCAAAUUCCUGCUGCACUGCUUGGAACGCACGCCUCCCGUGUAGUCUCUCGUUGCCCUUUGGGCGGUUAAUUGCGUUCCGAUCGAUUAGCUCCCUCGGUGGGUUGCUUCUGAGAAGCGCUAGUAUCCAGCAGAGGAGCGCCAAACGGGCGUGAUCGAUCGUUUAACGUCAUUUGCCGAUCGAUAGACGAGUUGGCGAAUGACGUCACCAACGGGAGUACAUGACGUCACGGAUUGAUCCUCCCCCCGAAAAAAAGGGAACUGACCUAACACCUCACGGUGCUCGUGACUCCACCUGACGACAUCACUGAUUAGGCCACGGCUGGAUGUGGAUGACGUCGAUUUGUUCCACGAUUAUUCUGGCAAACGAUCGAUUAACAGCGAGUUGCGAUCAACUAUUAGAGCACGAACGAUAUCGAAUCGAAUCGAUUUGCACCGAUCGUCAUCGUCGCCGUGGUCGUCAUCGAUGUCGAUUUUUGUCAUUUUUCCUGGCAAUUUUUCCACCCGAUAAUGGAGAGCCGAGCACAUGGAGCAGCGCGUGUUGUUGCGCUGCCGGGCAUUACGCGUCAGUUGUGUGGCAACUCGCCACACUGGAAGAGAGGAGUCUCCUAACGCGGUUUAUCAGUGGCGUCCCAUUAUCUUACGGGCGGGUGUGACGCCUAUUUGCUAGUUUGUUUGAUUGAGUUGAGGCUAGGCGAUUAGCGGUCGCUGCGCUAAUCGGGGACACACUUUACCAUAGCAAAGGUGGUGUUUGGUUUAGGACUAUGAUCCUUCACUCGGUGCGAGAUCGCGCAAUGCGAGAUCCAUCCAGACCUGCGUGGUGCUCCAGUUAAGAACGAAUGAGCUCACCGGUGUUCAGGGAUGGAUUUACGAUGACGGUGGCUUCAUGACAGGCAACUUACGGAUGCUCAGUGCCUAUUCAAACAAUCGAGCUAACAAAUUAGUAGAGCGGACAGGCGGCAUGGUGGAACCAUCCCAUUGCUGAGCGUUUAUCAUUUGGGGUCCCCCUCUUCUUUACUUCGCACCGAGGACCAAGGACGAGGGUUACUGUAUAGAGUGUUUGCAAAAGAGGUUUGGUUGUGAUAGCCACCCUCUCCUGUCCUAUGGUGUUCCUACUAGUACGCAGUAUGGCUACCGGGUGUCGGUAUAUCAGUAUUUUAGGGGAAAAUUGUUUUCUUUACUACACCGUCGUUGUCAUUUAACUGUUUUUGAAGGAGGGGUUGUUUUCGCAGAAGAAGAAAAAAACGCAAAAAACGCGAAUAACAGGGCUGGCCAGCAAGAUCUCUCGAGUCAUAGUGGGAAACAGUGGGAUGGAAUCAAAACAACGAGCACAAAACACGCAGGUGCAAUACUAGAAAAGUAAGAGGUAAAGAGAAGUAAGUGUAGGGAUAGUUUAAAGGAUAAUUUAAAGGAUAAGUUUUCCGUUUUCCUGUUCACCCUUUCGCGAUAAGAUGAGCACAAAGUUGCGACGAUUUUGUGGUUUCUUACGAUUUUGUUCUGUUCUUUUUUAUUUCCUCUCUUGUUAAAAAAAAACAACUGCGCGCGUGGCGUUGGCAGUGAAGUUUGAGCGUUGCUGUUGCUUAAUUUAAGUGUUUAGCUCUACAACUUUAGUGAUACCCCCCCGGGAAGGGAAGGGAAAUCGUGUAGUGAUGGAGGGAUACAUUUUAAACGGUGAGACGGCGUAGUGCGUGUAGCAGGGGAGUAGUAAUAGACGGUGGGUCGUAGUCGUCGAGCGUAGUAGUCUGUAGUAAUGCGUUUAGUACGCACUGCACCGCCCAACGGGCGCAGAGCAGCUGUUAAUGGGCUUGCAAAGCUGUUCAAAUUGAACUGCAAUCCGUUUCAGUAACGAUAUAAGUGAUGCGUUAACGAAGAGUGAAGUCGGAACUGUUGAGCGGAGCAUAGUUACAAGCAGCAGGAACGCAGUGGGCAACAAAAAUGCAAUAAUAGUGUUACCAGUUUGAUCGACGGAUCGGGGUUUAUUAGUUAAGCGACUUUGUUGAGCCAAGAGACCAUGGUGCGAAUUACAGCGCAGGCGAAGAAUGCGAAAAGGAAGAGGAGUGGAUGGCGAAAUCUUAAAGUAUUGACUGUACAAAUCACCUACCGACGGGAUGGUGGAAAGGCACUCGCGUAGAAACUCGCCAAAC